AUGACCGCUGCCACUCUCCCCAAUGGCGUCCACUCCCAAGCCCCGGUCACCAAUGGCACCGACACUCCCACAAGUCGCGCGAUCAACAUACUUAAGUUCGGUGGAACCAGUGUGGGCAAAUUCCCUCUAGAUAUUGUCAACGUCGUCAAGACGAGUGCCUUGGAAAAUGAGGUGGCUAUUGUGUGCUCGGCGAGAUCAAGCAGUACCAAAGCCGCGGGCACGACCAACCGAUUGUUACGGGCGGCGACCGAGGCCGAAAACCAUCGAGAAUUCCAACAAGAAAUAGAAGCGGUCCGAGUCGACCAUAUCGAAACUGCCGACUCCUACAUACAAUCCCAGAAAAUAUGUUCUCGGCUAAAAGCCGAAAUUGAGAAUGAAUGUUCUUUGGUCGUUCGCAUCUUGGAGGCUGCCCAGACCCUGGGCGAGACCAGUCCGAGAUCCAGAGACAAGGUUAUGAGCGCAGGGGAGAAACUAAGCUGUCGGUUCAUGGCAGCCUUGUUGGAGGACCGAGGGAUCGAAGCCGAAUAUGUUGAUCUUGCAGAUAUCAUUGACUUCAAAGUCGGCCACAGUCUCGAUCAAGAAUUCUACGACCAUGUUGCCGACAGGCUUGGCAAGAGGCUGCAGAACCUCGCAGGCAAGGUCCCCGUGAUCACCGGUUACUUUGGCUCUAUCCCUCGCGGUCUCCUCAUGACGGUGGGUCGGGGCUACACCGACCUCUGUGCCGCUUUGGUGGCCGUCGGACUCCAGGCCAAGGAAUUGCAGAUAUGGAAGGAAGUCGACGGCAUCUUCACCGCCGACCCGCGCAAGGUGCCUACCGCAAAACUGAUCCCGCAGAUCAGUCCUGCAGAGGCGGCCGAGCUCACCUUCUAUGGCUCUGAGGUCAUCCAUCCUUCCACCAUGGACCAGGUCAUCCGGGCACGGAUACCAAUCCGAAUCAAAAACGUCAUGAACCCGAGAGGAGGAGGGACCAUCGUGUACCCUGACACCCCAUCGGAGCUGACUGCAUUGUCGGGGCACUACCCCAAAUUGUUCAGAUCGCGCAGCGCAUCCUAUCUGACCGAGCGACAAAGGCCGAAGCGUCCUACUGCCGUGACGAUGAAGCACAGAAUUUUGGUGAUGAACAUCCAUUCCAACAAGCGGGCACUCUCUCACGGGUUCUUUGCGGGCAUAUUUGCCACUUUGGACAAGUGGCGGCUCUCCGUCGACGUGAUCUCCACCAGCGAGGUCAACAUGUCCAUGGCCUUGCAUUCGGAGGCGCCACUGUACACUGGAGGAGGAGACGAUGAGUACAAGAUUGUGGAUCAAGAUCUGCGCGGUGCCAUUGACGAGCUGAAAAGCUUUGGCACAGUUGAUAUCAUCCCGGACAUGGCGAUUGUCAGUCUGGUGGGGAAACAAAUGAAGAAUAUGGUGGGCAUUGCGGGCAGGAUGUUCUCUACGCUGGGCGAGAACAACGUGAACAUUGAGAUGAUCUCACAAGUAGGAGCCAGCGAGAUUAACAUCUCCUGUGUGAUUGACGAACGUGAUGCGGACCGGGCGUUGAACAUCCUGCACACGAAUCUAUUCACCUUUCUUGAGACAUGA